AUGGCCAGCAAGCUUUCGAAGUUAGAGGCAGAACAAAUGGCCAUUAGAAGGCAAUCAAACGUAGUGAAUAGAGGUAGAUCACUUUCUCCAUCGAAAUCUGGGCAUAACAGCAGAUCGUCUCUGAUACUGAAUGACGAGUUCAAUAGAGACUUGAAGUGGUCAAUAACGAACCAUGACCCACUGGAAAGGCUCAUAGAGAAGGAUAUGAGUGUACAGGAUGAAAAUGAAGACAAUGUAAACGAAUUAUGGGACAAUGAAGUUAGUGAGGAAGAACAUAUCAGUGAUAAUGAAGAUAACGAGAAAUUCCAGUAUGAUGAUACAGGGAAUAUAUUACCAAACUAUGCAUGCCAAGAUGACAAAAUGAACGAAAUAUCGCUGAUUUUAGAGAAUUCAAAUUUACAUGAUAGGGCGGUGACCAAGAGAUUGGAAGAGUUAACAGCUAACGAAAGAGCGUUUGCCAAUGCGAAAAAUAUUGGUAGUAAUGUCGAUAAGGACUUUUUGGACAAAUUGAAAAGUGACAAGCAUGAAUUGACUGGAAAUGAAUUAGACCUUAGUAAAAUUGAACAGGAUGCUGCAUCUAGGAAACAAAAGCUUGAAACUUACUCCACUUACAGAAAGAAGAUUAUUGACCAAGAAAAUGAUCACUUGAGGCCAAAUGAGAGUAAUGAAGAUGACUCCUCUUCUUCACAUGAUGAGACUAACGAAAAGGACUUUAUGAUUCCAUAUACUUCAGCUGUUGAAGACAAAUUGGACUCUGAGUUUGCUUCAAAGUUGAAUGAAACAAUCAAAGAAGGAGAAAUUGACUCAAACAAAAGUCAAUCAAGAGCAAUUCAAGUCAUAACCAGAGGUAAUUUCUUUCAAUUGAUCAAUCCUAAAGUUAAACCAAAGAUUUUCCUUGUUUGUAUGGAUUUUUCGCCCGAGUCCAUAUUUGCAUUGGAAUGGUGUCUUGGUACAGUUCUUGUUGAUGGAUCGGUAUUAUUUAUAGUUUGCGUCAUUGAGGAAAAUGAUAAUAACCACCAUUUGAAAGGUAAUACUUUGAAUGAAUCUACAAGAGAAAACCAAAGACUUAAUAUGUUAAAUAAGGCGAAACAGCAAGUUUUGAACUUAUUGAAAUUAACCAAAUUACAAAUUCAUAUAGUUAUUGAGAUUAUCCAUCAUCCAAUUCCAAGACAUUUGAUUUUAGAAAUUAUUGAAAACUUACAGCCAACCUUAGCGGUAGUCGGUUCAAAAGGUCAAUCUGCAAUAAAGGGGGUGUUAUUAGGUUCAUUAUCAAACUAUUUGGUAACCAAACUGACGGUGCCAGUGAUGGUUGUUAGAGAAAAGUUGAAAAAGAUCAACAGAUUCAAGAGCGGGUCAUCUGUUUUUUCGAAUAAUAUUAAACCAUUAACCUUAUCGGAAGCACGGGUAGAUUGA